AUGCGUCCUCGAUGCCGAACACCACUACUACGACGACAAUUCUACCAGUCACACAUUUUUCCAACACCAAGCCCUCGCUCACCUUCCAACUCUUCAACGGCUGAUCAUAAUGGAACAACGUCUUCAUAUGACUUUUUAUAUGAACUUGUUCAAAAACGUAUAACAACUUUUUCAUACUUAAAGCGGGUUCACGAAGGAAGGAUACAUUGGUUUAAUACUGCACUUUACGGUAACAGUAUAUUGACUGAAUAUGUUUACUUUUAUAGUACAGGAAACUUUUUUAUUCUCGGUUGCUCAUUGGCAUCAAUACUUGAUAUAAGUAAUCCACAAGACUACGUUAAAGCCUUGAAUGUAAUGCUACAGGAAUUUGAAUAUCACACCAACGAACAUUCAAGACAAAAAAUGAAAAUAUUUUUUAGAAAAUCAAAAAUAACGAAACAUGAGGACUCAUCGUUCCAAGAAAGUGGAGAAUAUACAUAUCUUUUUGUGCCAAAUAUUCCUUUCGAUCUGGACUAUUUUCAGACAUUUUAUACACUAUGUGACAUGCUUGUGGAAGUAUAUAACAAACUACUGAUAGGAACGGCCAAUAUGGCGGCAACCAAUUUUAUAGAAAGUGUUCUAAAGGUUGAUGGAAAAUUCAAG